AUGCAGAUCUUAUUUCCUGUUACUCCCGGUCAGUGUUCUUUUUUGCUUGGAAUCGUACCUGUAUUUGCUGCUUGGAUUUACGCCGAGUAUUUGGAGUACAAAACAAAUAACACCUUAGCCAAAGCGCAUUCUGAUAUAGGAUUGGUUGAAUUGGGGAAUGGCGCGGUUAAAGAAGAUGAUAGAGCUGUUUUAUUAGAGGGAGGAGGUAUUCAGUCUGCUUCUCCCAAAGCUCGGGGUUCAGGUUCCGCAUUUCCAAUUUUCAGGUUCCUUAUGAUGGAAGAGCAAUUCUUGAUUGAUAACCGGUUGACGCUUAGAGCUAUAUCGGAAUUUGGUUUCUUUAUGGCGUACUUUUACAUAUGUGACCGUACUGAUAUCCUUGCUUCAUCUAAGAAGAGUUACAAUCGAGAUCUUUUCUUGUUUCUCUACUUCCUUCUCAUCAUAGUUUCAGCAGUAACUUCUUUCACAAUACAUCAUGAUAAGUCACCGUUCUCUGGGAAACCUAUACUUUAUUUGAAUAGGCAUCAAACCGAGGAGUGGAAAGGCUGGAUGCAGGUAUUAUUUUUAAUGUACCACUACUUUGCUGCGGCAGAAAUAUACAAUGCAAUUCGUGUGUUUAUUGCUGCAUAUGUGUGGAUGACUGGAUUCGGCAACUUCUCAUAUUAUUAUGUCCGCAAAGAUUUCAGUAUUGCUAGGUUUGCACAGAUGAUGUGGCGGCUUAAUUUCCUGGUGCUAUUCUGCUGUGUUGUACUGAACAAUAGUUACAUGCUAUACUAUAUUUGCCCCAUGCACACUCUUUUCACCCUUAUGGUCUAUUCGGCACUUGUUAUUUAUAACAAGUACAAUGAGAUUGGAUCAGUCAUUGCUGCAAAAAUUAUUGCCUGCUUCGCUGUAGUAAUUCUCAUGUGGGAAAUUCCUGGAGUAUUUGAAGUGGUUUGGAGCCCGUUUACUUUCCUUUUCGGUUAUACUGAUCCUGCAAAACCAGAUUUGCCCCGCUUGCACGAGUGGCAUUUUCGAUCUGGCCUUGAUCGUUAUAUCUGGAUAAUUGGAAUGAUUUAUGCCUACUAUCAUCCAACGGUGGAAGGAUGGAUGGAGAAACUAGAGGAGACAGAAGCGAAGCACAGAAUACCAAUCAAAACAGCCAUUGCAACGAUAUCUCUGGCGGUGGGAUAUAUGUGGUACGAGUACAUAUACAAGCUGGACAGAAUUACUUACAACAAAUACCAUCCUUAUACCUCGUGGAUUCCCAUAACUGUGUACAUUUGUUUGAGAAAUGUCACCCAGCAAUUCCGGUGCUACAGUUUGACCCUAUUUGCAUGGCUAGGGAAAAUCACUCUGGAGACAUACAUUUCUCAAAUCCAUAUCUGGUUAAGAUCAGGCAUUCCAGAUGGCCAACCAAAAUUGUUACUUUCUCUAAUUCCAGAUUACCCAAUGUUGAACUUUAUGCUUACCACUUCCAUAUAUGUUGCAGUUUCUUACAGACUCUUUAAUUUGACAAAUACAUUGAAAACGGCAUUUGUGCCCAGUAAAGACAGUAAGCGCCUGACAAACAACAUAAUUACAGCAGCAGCGGUUUCAAGUGUUCUAUAUUUGCUGUCUUUCGUAUUCUUAAAAGUCCCUCAGAUGCUGGUAAGAGUUGCUCUUUUAAAUUCCUAA